AUGGAGGCGACGCAUGAUAUGUACCGGAAGAUAGACCUCAGCCCGCUCAAUGAUGGUGGCGACUACCACGUCUCUCUCGACGACAUAUUUGAGAAUGACAUUACGGGGGACAAUGUAAGCCAAACCCGCAAUCAAGAAGAAAGCAUACCAGUUGAAACGGAGGCUCCAACAUCAAGCAAGAAAAGACGUCGUAGUGGAGGUUUCGAUGACAAGUUUUUCGAGGCAUUGCAUGAGGUUGGGCGGGGCUCGGAAGCAAGACUUGAGACUAUUUCAUGUCGAAUGGGGUACGACUUUGAUGUAUCAAAGGCGCGCAAAGAAGUGAAUGCCAAGUUGAGUGGAAUACCCAGUCUCUCACAAAACGAUAAGUUCGUUGGCGGCAGAAGCUGUUGGGGCGGCAGGGGGGUGGAGAAGCUGUUGGGGCGGCAGGGGGUGGAGGAGCAGGACGAAGAAGCUGUUGGGGCGGCGGGGGGUGGAGGAGCAGGACAGAGAAACUAUUUGGGCGGCGGGGGAUGGAGGAGCGGCGGACCUGCUUCUCCCAGGCGGCACCGCUGCCGUAGAAGGCGGAUGAAUGGAGAUGGAGGUGGUGGUGGUGGUGGUCGGAGGAGGAGGAAGAGGACAGGGACAAGAAGAGAGUAG